AUGUCUACACUUUGGGUAUUAGCUGAAUUGGAGAACAUUCGGAAUCCGUUUACGCUUUUCGAUCAAAAAGUUAUGGUCCGCGUAUUCAGAACGGGACACGAUGACAAUACUUGGACCCCUGGAAGAAUCGUGAACUUGUGCGAGGACGGCGUUACUCCCGUUAGAGCAAAAAUUUUAUUUGUAUCUGAGAACAGAAAAGCAGUCAGGGAUAAAAAAAUGCGUUCGGAUGUACAGGAGAAAUAUAUGACUGAUAUGUUGAAUAGAUGUUUUCGCACUGUCAGAAGUAUGAGAAAUAAUGUUGAAACCUAUUGUUUGCACGUAGAGGAGCCACCGAAUAGUAGUGAAGACGGACAUAAUCUACCUAAUUUGAUAAUAAAUCGGCGUACUGGUCAAACAAGUACUAGCAAUAGCGAUAGUAGCGACAGUGAAGAUGAGGGAAGAAUAUCAUCUAACUUGGUUGACGAUGAAAGAAGACGGCAAUUGGCAAACAGACUUGCUCCCAACCCUAUAAAUUACAGAGCUGGAUCCCAACUGUAUAUCAAUAGACCUGCACCCCAGCCGAUUAGCAACAGACCUGUGGCUGUGCCCCGGCCAGUUUUCAAUGGAGCUGUGCAUCAACCGAUUGCCAACGGAGCUGCGCCCCAACUCAUUGGCAACGGAGCAGUGCCUCAACCGAUAGUCAACGGAGCUGCGCCUCAACCGGUAGUGAACGGUCCUGCUGCCCCACCAAUAUAUAACAGACCUCCUAUACCACCUGUAAUUUACGACCUGUGUCCCCCACGGACAAUUUAUCGUUAUUCCAUCCAACCAGACCAACUGGUUGUCAACGGCCCUGCUCUCCCGCCGGCAAUUGACAGGCCUGCUUCACUGCCUGUAAUUAACCGUCCUGCUGCCCCGCCAGCAGUUAAUGUCCCUGCGGCCCAACCGGCUCAACUGGUAGUUAACGGUCCUGCGGUCCCGCCGAUAGCCAAUGAGCUUAAUCCUCCAGCGAUAGUUUAUGGCCCUGCUCUCUCGCCGGCAAUUGACAGGCCUGCCUCAAUACCUGUAAUUAACCGUCCUGCAACCCCGCCAGCAAUUAAUGACCCUGCGGCCCAACCGGCUCAACUGGUAGUUAACGGCCCUGCUGCCCCGCCGAUAGCUAAUGAGCUUAAUCCUCUAGCGAUAGCUAAUGGCCCUGCUCUCCCGUCGGCAAUUGACAGGCCUGCCUUACUACCUGUAAUUAACGGUCCUGCAGCCCAGCCAGCAGUUAAUGUCCCUGCGGCCCAGCCGGCUCAACUAGUAGUUAACGGCCGUGCUGUCGCACCGAUAGCUAAUGAGCUGGAUCCUCCGGCGAUAGCUAAUGGCCCUGCUUUCCCGCGAACAGUGGAUAGACCUGCUCCACAACCUGUAGUUACCGGCUCUGCUGCCCCACCGAUAGCUAAUGGGUUAAAUCCUCCGGCGAUAGCUAAUGGCCCUACUUCCCCGCCGACAGUGGAUAGACCUGCUCCACUACCCGUAGUUAGCGACUCUGCUGCCCAUCCAGUGGUUAAAGGCCCAGCCGCGCAACCAGUAAUUGACAAUCCUGCAGCCCAACAGGCCCCACUGGAAAUUAACAGCCCAGCUGCUGCUCCACUAAUAGUCAACUGCCUUACACCCCCACUGAUAGUGAACGAACCCGUUCCUCUAUCGAUAGCUAAUGGCCCUGCACCUCCACCGGUAGUUAACGGUUUUGCUACCCUACCAAUAGUUAACGACGUUGCUCCCCCACAAGUAGAUAACGGCCCCACUCACUCGACGAGUUUUAAUAAACCUGCUUCCACACCGAUAGUUGACAGCCCUGCUUCUCCGCCGACAGUUAACAGACCUGCUCCCUUACUAAUAAUUGACAGCCCUGCUUCGCCGCCGAUAAUUGACAGGCCUGCUCAUGCACUGAUAGUUGACAGCCCUGCUGCUCCGCCCACAGUUGACAGACCUGCUCCCUUACUAAUAGUUGACAGCCCUGCUUCGCCGCCGAUAAUUGACAUACCUGCUCAUGCAUUGAUAGUUGACAGGCCUGCUUCUCCGCCAACAGUUGACUGCCCUGCUUCACCGCCGAUAAUUGACAGGCCUGCUCAUGCACUGAUAGUUGAGAGCCCUGCUUGCCUACCGGCAGUUGAUAGACCUACUCUCACACCAAUAGUUGACAGUCCUGCUUCUCCGCCGAUAGUUGAAAGACAUGUUCCCACACCAAUAGUUUGCAGCCCUGACUUCCCACCGAUAGUCGACCAACCUGCUCCCUUACCGAUAGUUGACAGCCAGCCGAAGCAGGGCUCUGCUUCGCCGCCGAUAGUUGACAGACCUGCUCACACACCGAUAAAUGAAACCAGCAAUGACCGAAAUAACAAAUCUGAUGCAGAAAACACAUUCUGGAAACGAAUACGGAAAUUAAAAAUGUGUGCCAGUUAUAUUGAGAGAGAAAUGCUAAAAUUUUUAGAAGAAUGUGGUUUUACUACUUCUACUGAAGAAAACGAUGAAGAGCAAGCACAGGAUGAUCCUAAUCCGGAUGAUGAAGAUAUAACGACGUACCAAUUGUCGUCUAAAGAAAAAGAUCAAGAAAUGAUUGCACAAGAGGAUAUCGAAGCUAUUGAACAAAACGAGCGUGCCCAACAGGCAAGCUUGAAUAAUUUACAUUUGGAAGAAGAAAAUAGGAGUGAGGACGAAGAAAUAGGUGUAGAAGAUGUGGAAGGUGUAGACAAACGAAACGGACGACGUUUUAGAUUGAAACGAAAAGGAUCUCAGUCUGGUCUAGUUUUAAAUGGUUCAAGGCAUCACCGCAAGCGGCGCAGGACGUUACCUAAGAUUUCUUUUAGUAAUAUUCGUAGAAAUUGCAACAAUCUGGUUGAAAUCGGGACUGGUUUUGCUAAAGUUCCAGGAUGUGUAGUGAAUUCAAUUGACUGGAAUUCAUAUAGAUUAGCAACUCGACAAUUACUGUUAUCAGUUUUUCCACGAAGUGUUUUAGCCCAAUAUUCACUUCUUGGAUCGGAGCCUACAUUUUACAUGAAGAAACCAACAAAGAGAGUCCUGAAUCCAUUACUCGUCGAGGAUAUUGUGAGAACAGUAGCCUCAAAAUGUGAUGUUCCUAAGGAUUUAGUGAGGAAAUGUAUUAAAGCAAAUUGCAGAGAGGAAAUAAAAAUAUUUCGUAAAAACCAACGAAAGAUGAAGCGUAAACGGCGACAUUUACAACAAUACGACGAAGAUCUCCCAUCAUCUUCAUCGGAAGAACUUGUUGACCAAGAAGUACACAACUAAUUUCGCAGUCUCAUGUAGACAAGAGACAAGAAGGCAAAGGCAACAGAACAUCUAAUGACACGCAUCUCGCGCACAUUUUUCUUUUCAACUACAUCUAUCAAUUUCUUCACGCAUGUUGAGCUCGUCGAUUGAGGGUAGGUAGUUUUAUUUUGACCCUUAUUCAAAAUAAGCCCUCUACCUACUGUUCCAUGCGCUCCAGCGUAACACUUCUAUCAUAG